AGUGUCAUAAAAAUCUAACCCCAUCCAACUGUGUGGAUAAUGAGAACUACAAAAAAAUAUGUGGAUACUAUUUAUGGUCACUGAGAUUUUCAUGAUAAUUCCCCAGCUCUCUUCUCCAUUUUGUUCUGUGCUUAGCUCCUCUCAGGUUCUCAAUUGCCUAGACCUUUUCUCUACAAGCUUCUUUCCAUGGCUGCUAUCACAAAUUUUUUGUCAAAACCACCAUUGUCUCUUUCAAACACCCCUAAAUUAAGCCCUCCUUGUUUGCACAGUUCCUUCUUAGCACCCUUUGUUACUAAAGAAGUUAAACCCCUAGCAGCAAAACUUGGUACAGGAAGAACUCACUUUAUGACGAAGGCUACAGCUGCCCCAGGGACCAAAAAACCUGUCAACGAUGAAAAAGUACAAAAAAUUCACAGCGUAGAGGAGUUCGAUGAAGCACUUAAAACUGCAAAAAACAAGCUUGUUGUUGUAGAAUAUGCAGCAAGCCACAGUUACCAUAGCAGUCAAAUCUACCCUUUUAUGGUAGAGCUUAGCAGAACCUGCAACGAUGUAAAUUUCCUUCUUGUGAUGGCAGAUGAAUCAGAGAAGACUAGAGAGCUUUGCAAGAGAGAAAAAAUUGAAAAAGUUCCACACUUUAGCUUCUACAAGAGCAUGGAGAAGAUUCAUGAAGAAAAAGGGAUUACCCAAGAUACGCUGAUGGGAGAUGUUUUAUACUACGGUGAUAAUCACUCUGCUGUUGUGCAGCUGCAUCGCAGAGAAGACGUGGAGAAGUUGAUUGAUGAUCAUAAAGCUGAUCACAAGCUGAUUGUUCUUGAUGUGGGGUUGAAGCAUUGUGGGCCAUGCGUGAAGGUUUACCCAACGGUGAUUAAGUUGUCAAGGCAGAUGUCUGAUACUGUGGUUUUUGCACGAAUGAACGGUGACGAGAAUGAUAGCUGCAUGCAGUUUUUGAAGGACAUGGACGUUGUUGAGGUGCCUACUUUCUUGUUCAUCAGAGAUGGUAAGAUUUGUGGAAGGUAUGUAGGAUCUGGUAAAGGAGAACUUAUUGGAGAGAUUCUUAGAUACCAAGGAGUUCGUGUUACCUACUAAGAGUAUAAUUUACAAAAAAUCAAUCGUUUGUUUAAGGAACUGAGAUUGGAUUAGAUAAAAUUUAGUUAUCAAAACCAUGAGGUAGCCAACAAAUUCGGACUGGGAAAAUACAUGUAGCCAUAGAAGUAAAAGGCCCUUGAACUCGAUUCCACUUGUGCUAUUUUGACAUGGCUUCAGUCGAGGAAGUCCAUGUCUUGUCUAGUGGUGUUGUAUACAUUGUUGGCUAUUAUCAAUUUGUUUUAUAUCUGUACCUUUUUUUUCAUCCUUU